CCCGAUAGAACUAUAUGACGUGUUAAUGCCAGCAUUCACUGCCUCGUUAGGUCUUUUCAUCUCUGAUCUGUACCGCGGUCAGUUGCUGCUGGACAUGUCAAUUAUACAUGAUAGGCAUCACGAAAUUCUGCACCGGUGACUGCUUUCAACAGCCGGCGAGGCGUCGGUUUAGACGAAAAAAGAAAGAAUCCGAAGGUCUGUAUUCAACUUCGCGCUGCAGACAAAAGACGGAGGAUGUGCGAUGUCGUGUUUGCGGAAAUGUUCGUAAGCAAAUAUAUCACAGAUGCGCCGCUGAGGGUCGCGCGGCAGGUGGCGGAAGCUCAGACUAAUAACAGAUUAAUAAUUAUCUCACUUGACACGUUUUCUUGUGGUGCUCUGGUUUUCUCACUUUGAAAUAUCAGUCCUCACUUCCGUGCUGCAGGCGUGAUGAGUGUAAUGUUCAGUCCUCGUUUUGAAUAACACCAGUGAAUGGUUUCUUUUCUUGUGAUAUUUACAUAUUAACGUGUCCAGCCGAACUGACAGUCACAUUUCCCAUCUUAUCUUCCUGUUGGUGGCAGACUGUUGGUGUUACAAAUCAAACUGAUGGUGAACAUUUAAUGGUUGAUCUCGGAUGAUACUGGUUUUAGGUGGAACAGUCUCCAAUGACAAACUUGGACCAAAGAUGAAGAAGAGUUUUAAUUAUGGCUUCAUUGCUGAAGUUAUUGUGCGUCUGCUACUUCUAGGUCUUUUUCUCAUAACGGAGGAGCUGCCUCCUUUCAGACGUGAGAUCCAACCUGAGGAACUCUGGCUCUAUAGGUUCCAUCCGGUCAAAAAGGACCAUGUUUCCACUCAUCUCAUGUUUACUAUUGCCCUUUGUACUCCAUUGGUGGUUAUCUUCUUCUUUGCCUUUUUGAAACAAGCUGAAAAGGGAGAGGUCAAAGAGGCAUCCUUGGCUGUGACUUUGACCCUGGUGUUAAAUGGAGUUUUCACUAAUGCAAUCAAGCUAGCUGUGGGCAGGCCACGACCUGAUUUCUUCUACCGUUGUUUCCCGGAUGGCCAAAUGAACCCAGAGCUUCACUGUAGCGGUGACCCGGAUGUUGUAAUGGAAGGCAGGAAGAGCUUCCCUAGUGGACACUCUUCCUUUGCGUUUGCUGGUCUGGGCUUCACUGCCCUGUACGUGGCAGGGAAACUCCACUGUUUUAGCCCAGUGGGCAGAGGCAAAGCCUGGAGGUUGUGUGCCUUCCUCACCCCCCUUCUUUUUGCCAUUUUGAUUGCCCUUUCGAGAACAUGUGACUACAAACAUCACUGGCAAGAUGUGUUGGUGGGAUCCCUCCUUGGUUUGGCCUUCUCCUACUUAUGUUACCGACAGCAUUACCCAGCUCUCUGCGACUCAGACUGCCACAGACCCCUCAAAAUUAGAGAGGAAGCGGUCCCUGCACAGGAACGCAAGCAAGCCAACCCAGGCUACCUCUUACCUUUGUAGGGACUCUAAAUUCUGUUUUACCUCGACCAGACCAACAACCACAAUACUGUGUCAAAGUUUACUUUAUCAGCUGACUCUGGAUACAUAAACUUCCUGAAGCCAGUUGCUACGAUUAUGUCUAUUUUUGUGUAUACUGCCUGUCAACCAACGGGCAUUUCAUGUUUUUGCCUUUCUAUACUGUUGUCGAUAUUCACAAUGAAUUUUUUCUGUGUAUUGUCAAGCUCUUUGAAAAUGUCUUUAAAACCUUGUAUCAUGUCAAGCUCUUUGAGGUUCAUAUGUGAAAUAAAUCAGUUAAAGUCCGUAAUGUAUAAGUUACAACAGCUUCUAGGUCUAUUUUACUGCGUAGCAGACAUAUUUAUAGAUUACUCCAGAUUAGACUGUAUGAUAAUGGAAAUCUUCUUCCAAUAUCUUUGUCAAUAAUAAACCUUUUUUGUGAAUGAUUUA